UGUCCGUAACACCGCCUGUGCUGUCGUCAUCAAUGAGGAACAGGAACUCCACUGAGUUGCUAAACCGAACUUCAUAUGCGUUGAAGUUACAUCUCGAGCUUCAAAACCGAGGAACCAAGCUACCAUGACAUCUUUAACACAUUUUCUUCUAUUUCUGGCAUUGUGGACUGUUUCUUUUGCCGAUGACCAUGGCGAUUCGCCGAAGCCUGUCACCACUACAUCACCCCUACACAAGACUACUGCCAACACCACAAUCAGUCCUGAGCCCCAUAAAAACAUCAGCACCACCGCCGCAUCGAAAGUAAAACCCUCCGGCGCGGGCCGCUCUCUGGACGGCGACAUGAUUCGGAGGGCUCUGUAUGUUCUCAUCGGCAUCACGGCCAUCGGAGUUCUUUACUUUUUAGUGAGAGCGGUUCGUCUGAAGAAGCCGACAGGUCAAAGGAGGAAAUAUGGUCUCUUAACAAACCACGAUGACACAAUGGAGAUGGCCCACCUGGAAAGCGACGAAGAAGACAACACUGUUUAUGAGGCCAGUUCCUUCAGAAGAUGAGUCUCUGGGGGUAUUUAUUUGUUGCUUGCAGACAGAAGAAUGUGAUGAAGACAAUCCCGUUAUUUCCACUGAAAUGGUUGUUGGUGUUGUCAGUUUCAACAACCCUAGGAGGACCUAGGCAGGAUGACGGGAUGCCUUUUUCCAAGAAUAAAGUGGUUUACUUAGUUUGGACCAAUACAUGUUGGACUCAUGUAACCAAAUAGAUCUUCUUGGAAAUGUGUAUGAAGAUCAUGCAUUUUGUUUAUGGUGUGGGGUUAUUAGAGUAUCAACAUUUAUUUGGGAAUGAUUGUGCCAAAGCUACUUAUGCAUAAUGUUUCAGAGUUUUUUAUGGAUCCUAAACUCCUGGCUGAGUAAAUGGGUGUUAAUAAUUCAUAUUGUAAACAACUGGCCUGAUGUUCAGUUUACAUUCCCUGGAAAGCCUAAAAAAUGUUUGGUUAUUUAUGAGACUGUAAUAUUGUUUGGACUUUGUGUAUUUGCUGUUGUUUUAGAUGUUUGAUUGCGUUGAUUAUAAUGUUAUUUUUAAAAAUAGUUUUCUCUAAAGUUUCAGAUAUCUUUGUAUUUUCACUUUUCUUUCUGCUAUAAACUGC